GAGUGGCCAGUAGGGGUUUGCCUGGGGGGUUAGUGGACUCUACUGAGGUUUAACCGAGGCAAAACGAUGGAAAAUACGUAAAAAUCUGGUGAUUUUACGAGAGCAAUGGGAGGUGGUUCUCCACAGCCCAGCUCUACCGCGGGAGUCGUCGUCGAAGUCGUGCUCCAUACGUGCAGCAGCAGCAGCAGCAGCCCACGUGUGUGGUCGUUAUUGUCACCGGUGUUGGCGGGGAAUUGGUGAUGAGUGAUAUUCUGAGUGUCGUCACAUUACUCCUCAACGUGCCUUUGAUGAAGUUUGCUCAUAUGUGCAAAGAUAAAGUGGAAAUCCGCGAGGAAUAUAUCAGUUUCAUUCGUUGGUUUUUCUUUCGUUUCGGUGGUCUUGGAAAAAGAGAGAGCGAGAGAGAAAGAGAAGGAAGGGCGCACUCCAGACAAAAUUCUCGAGUCGUUGGAAAGUAAAAAAUAAAAUAUGGUCGGUGUGUUCAAGUGUGCGAAGAGUUAAAACAAAACAAGAGCGGCUUAUUGCAUUGAGAUGAUGAUUCUUUGAUUAAUAUGACAGUUUACAAAUCAGGCCUGAUGUUUUUUGACGGCUCUGAGGCCAAGAGAAUCCACAAAUCUGAUCUUCCAUUAGAGACUGUGAAUGUUUUUAAGAUUAGAUAGACGGUCCUUUGCUGCCUACGGAAAGCAUUAAUUCUAUCAUCCCGUAUCAAUGAUGGGGGACGGAAACGAACAAGGUGGGGGAGGAGGAGGAGGAGGUGGUAGCGGCGGCGGCGGCGGUGGCGGUGGAGGAGGUGGAACAGGUGUCGGUGAAGGGGAUACCGCCCUCGUGGGUGGGGGAGGAGGGGGGGAAGUGGUGCCCUCCUCGGAAGCUGUAGUAGGAAGUGGAGGAGGAGGAGGAGGAAUGGUGAUGAACUCCAGUGAGGCCAUCGUGAGGAUUAACGAGCUCGAACGACUCUUCUUGUCGGGUCCCGUGGAGAGCUCUGGCCAGAGCUACUCCAUGGAGACCCUCCUGGACGUCUUGGUGGUCCUCUACGAUGAGUGCACCAAUUCGUCCCUGCGCAGGGAGAAGACCGUCUCCGAUUUUAUUGAAUAUGUAAAACCGGUGGUGCAGAGAGUGAAGGCUCUUCGACUCUCCCGCGAUGACUUCGAGGUGAUUAAAGUCAUCGGAAGAGGUGCCUUCGGUGAGGUCUGUGUUGUGAAGCUCAAGGGCACUGAGCAAGUCUUCGCAAUGAAGAUAUUGAAUAAAUGGGAGAUGCUCAAGAGAGCGGAGACUGCGUGUUUUCAUGAGGAGAGAGAUGUGUUGGUAUAUGGUGAUCGCCGGUGGAUAACCAAUUUACAUUAUGCCUUUCAGGAUGAUAAUAAUUUAUAUUUGGUAAUGGAUUAUUAUUGUGGAGGUGAUCUUCUAACGUUAUUAAGUAAAUUUGAAGACAGGCUACCUGAAGACAUGGCAAGAUUCUACAUAGCUGAAAUGAUCCUUGCCAUAGAUUCUAUACACCAGUUGCGAUAUGUACACCGAGACAUCAAGCCAGAUAAUGUACUUUUAGAUGCAAAUGGCCACAUACGAUUGGCAGACUUUGGCUCGUGUCUUCGACUUCAAGAAGAUGGCACUGUUCAGAGUAACGUGGCUGUUGGAACGCCGGAUUAUAUAUCUCCAGAAAUUCUUAGGGCCAUGGGAGAGGGACAGGCUAUGGAAGAUGGACAGGGCCGAUAUGGUCGGGAAUGUGAUUGGUGGUCUUUAGGUGUCUGUAUGUACGAAAUGUUGUUUGGAGAAACUCCUUUCUAUGCAGAAUCCUUAGUAGAGACUUACGGAAAAAUUAUGAAUCAUAAGAAUUGCUUUGACUUCCCAACUGAUUUAGGAUACGAUGUCACUGAAGAAGCAAAGGAUCUUAUGCGACAACUUAUAUGUUCCUCCGAGUAUAGAUUAGGAAAAAAUGGCAUUAGUGACUUUAAGAAUCAUGCAUGGUUUGCUGGUGUAGACUGGGAAACAUUGCGGGAUAGCACCGCGCCUUAUAUCCCAGAAGUUUCAAGUCCAACAGACACUAGUAACUUUGAUGUGGAUGAAACUGAAGCAAGAAGCCAAGAUGCCUGUCCCCCUCCAGCAAAUCCGGCCUUUAGUGCUCUACAUUUACCCUUUGUUGGGUUUUCAUUCACUCAGGGAAGCAAAAUUAGUGAUAAAGGUUGUCUGUUAACCUUAUCACUAACUGCAUCAGUUCAUUUUGAAAAUGCUACUGAUGUCAUUUCUUUUGAGAGACGGACAAAGCGUCUCGAGUUGGAAAAAGGUGCAGACAGACCUGAUAGUACAUCUUCCAGCGAAGAGGUGAAGCGUCUCUUGGAUCAAGUACAGAUGUUAACCAAGCAAAAUAGAGAAUUAACAACAGAACUAAAUACGUUUAAGAGAAGAGGAGGUGAAAUUGACAGUGAAACAGACAUGAAAAUGAAAGAGUUAGAUCGUCAGAUAAAGGCCUUCACCCAAGAAAAGGAGAAUACUGCAAGGGAAAUGGCAGAAAUUCAAGAAAAACUAACUCUUCAGACUAAAGAGCUUCAAGAUGCCCUUUCACAGCGCAAGUUGGCCAUGUCGGAAUACAGCGAAGUUUCAGAUAAGUUAACAGAGCUCAGGAAUCAAAAGCAAAAGAUGUCGAGACAAGUUCGAGAUAAAGAAGAAGAACUGGAAACAGCUAUGCAGAAGAUAGAUACACUGCGACAAGAUUUGAGACGAGCAGAGAAGCUUCGGCGAGAGUUAGAGGGCCGGUUUGAAGAGGCUGAAGCAGAAGCCACGAAAGAACGCAAGUUACGAGAACGCUCUGAGGAGUACACGCGCAGUAUUGAGGGAGAGUUAGAAAAGAUGAACCAAAGGUCGCAGGGUAGAAGUCCAUCCCUUAAUUCCAUAGAAGCAUCACAGGAGGUCACCAGGUUAAAAGCAGAUUUAGAGAGAGUUUGUGUUGACCAAGAAGAGAGAGCACAACAGCAAGCCCUCCGACACACUCAUGAAAUGGCAGCAUUACGAGAUCAACUUGCAGAGGCUGAAUCCAGUAAGAAAACAUUGCAGAAUGAGGUGACUGCAUUGAAUAAGAAAGUUGAAGUGUUGCGUAGUGAAUUAGAAAAGAGAACAGAAGAACAAGAGGACUCUGUGAUGGAUGUGAAACGAAGACAUGACCGUGAGAAGGCUAUGCUGCUGGAAGAUAACAAGAAGCUCCUAGAAGAUGUGGAGAGACUCACUGAUAAUGUCAACAGAAUGCAGAAUGAACGACGAGCUCUGGAAGAAGAAUAUGAUGACCUUCGUAACAAGAAGGAAUCAAUAGCCCAGUGGGAAGCCCAGAUUACCGAGAUCAUCCAGUGGGUUAGUGACGAGAAAGAUGCACGUGGCUAUCUUCAGGCAUUAGCAACACGCAUGACAGAAGAACUUGAGUCGCUUAAAGUAUCAGGUGUAGUAGGAGGUGGUUGUUCUAUAUUAACCCACCCAGAGAAGAACUGGCGGAAUAGGCGCUCUCAGAAACUGGACAAGAUGGAGUUACUGAAUCUGCAGUCAUCUUUGAAUUCUGAAAUUCAAGCAAAACAAGCCAUAUCAGAAGAACUUAGCAAAGUGCGAGCUGAUCUUGUUGCAUCACAGAAGGAUGUCCGGGAAUUCAAGCAGAGGUAUGAAAAUGUGUCAAGGGAGAACAUGAGAAAGGAGAAGCAGAUUCGCGAAUUACAGACGAGAUUAGAAGCUGGUGAGGGCUCUGCCACGCAGGAACGCAAGACUCGAAAGUUUGUGCUGGAACGUCCACCUUCGCAGAUGUCCUUCCUGGAGCAGUUUUUAAAAGAAACCUCUCUCAGGAGAGGUGGGUCGUUAGAAUCAGAGGAAGGGGACGUGGAAGACAAUAGAGCUCCUUCUGUUCCCUCCCUUGCAUCAUCACGGUCUUUUGUUAGUCAGGUAGAACAACUUGGUUCCCCAAAUAUGGAGUCUCGUCCCCUGCCACCACUGCCUCAAACAACUCCGAACGUUCCUCCUGGUGUUAUGCCGACUGUGGCCCACCACCAACAUGCUUCUGGUUUCUCAGGAGGCAGUAGUAGUAGUGGUGGUGGCCCUUCACCACAUAUGAUGAAGCAGAAAGCACAUCAGUUCAUUGUACGAAGCUUUUCAAAUCCCAUUAAGUGUUCUCAUUGUACGUCACUCAUGGUUGGGCUUACUCGUCAAGGAGUAGUAUGCGAAGUCUGUGGAUUUGCCUGUCACACUACGUGUAAAGACAAAGUUCCCCAGAUUUGUCCAGUACCUCCUGACCAAACUAAAAGACCUUUAGGUAUUGAUCCAACUAGAGGUAUUGGCACUGCAUAUGAAGGUUUUGUAAAAGUGCCGAAACCUGGUGGUGUUAAAAAGGGCUGGUCACGACAGUUUGUGGUUGUUUGUGACUUUAAGCUCUUUCUCUAUGACAUAUCUCCUGAUAGGAAUGCAUUACCGAGUGUAUGGGUAAGCACCGUCCUAGACAUGAGAGAUGACCAGUUUGAGGUUUCCACUGUCAGGGAUUCAGAUGUCAUUCACGCAAAUAAAAAAGAUAUUCCUUGUAUAUUUAGGGUAACAACAUCUUCUAUGGUUGGGGUAAGGCACCACACGCUUAUGCUGGCUGACACUGAAAACGAGAAGACAAAGUGGGUUGUAGCAUUAAAUGAAUUACAUCGAAUUCUCAAGAGAAAUAGAUUACCCAAUAGACAGGUGUUCAGUGCACAUGAGGUUGUUGAUGGAAGUGUGACUUUAAUCAAGAAUGCCGUUUGUGGCACUGUCAUUGAUCCUGAUCGUCUUCUUGUAGGGGCUGAAGAAGGUCUCUUCUGUAUAGAUUUAGAUAACUGUGAAAUAGCACGUAUCGGUGAUAGCAAGAAAAUAGUUAGUAUUGAUUAUAUCAGUGAAGAGCAGUUGAUCAUGGUCAUAGCAGGAAGACAGCGUCAAGUAAAACUGGUACCAGUUCGAGCGCUUUGUGGGGAUGAUGUAGAAUGGAUUAAGGUUGCAGAAACCAAAGGUGCCAUUGCAUUCACAACCGGAAAAUUUCGUACGCCUGCAAGUCAUAACUUCACUUACUGUCUUUGUGUAGCAGUCAAAAGACAAAUCAUUAUUUACGAAAUAAACAGAGCAAAAGGUCGUCACAAACUUUUUCGCUCUAUACUGCUGCCUCAGCCACCUCAGAGUCUUGACAUCUUGGGUGAUGGGCGGUUAGCAGUGGGCUUCCAGUCUGCCUUUACUAUUUACUCCAUCCUUGGUGAUCAGCAACCUCUAUCCUUGGUACAUCCUGAAAGCCAAUCCCUGGGCUUCCUCUCUAUGACUCAGUGUGAAGCUUUAAGCUGUAUUGAAGUCAGUAGAGGAGAGUACCUCCUCGUCUUUAACCUCCUAGCUGUUUAUGUAGAUUCCUCAGGCCGUAAGAGUCGAGAGAAGGAGAUAAUGUAUCCAGCAAUACCAACUGCUGUUGCGGUCUGUGAUGGUCUCCUCCUAGUGUACAGUGAUAUUCAUAUUGAUGUGUUUGAGGUGUUGUCUGGAGAGUGGGUCCAGACGAUAAACCUGAAGCGCACCAAACCCUUGAUGCGCACAGGCAUCCUCAAUAUGGUCAUGAUCAGCGACCUCCCACAUGUUGCCUACCUCAGAAAUUUGCACAAAGAGGAAAUAGUUAGGACAGGUUUAGAUGCCAAUGGACGGCCAAAGUCCAGAAGAAAAUUCUCCAUGCGGGAAAACAGCAAAGCUACUCGCACAACUGAUCGUCGCAGCCAGUUAAUCUCAGGCCCCACAAACUUCAAUCACAUUAGCCACAUGGGUCCUGGAGACAGUAUUGAAAUUCAGAGGUUAGUCGAUCUUCCCUCUCGAAUAGGCCCUCCUGCUGACCAGCGAGCACCACAUACACAAUCCAUCCACAGAGUUCGUAGCAUGCUUCAACCAAGUGGAAAGCUAGCACCUCCAAGAUUACCACAGGGACCCGAGCCACCAAGAAGAUCUUUUAGCCAUCAACCCCUCCCUCAGCCACAUUAUUCCAAUGUUCACAAUGGCAGUGGUCCACCUCCCUUACCUGGUUCUAUACGUAGGCCUGGAAUGCCUCCUCUCCCUCCCAAUUCCACCUCGCAACAUCACCAACCACAACAACGCUCUCCAGAGGAACCUCGUCACCAAAUAAUUCAUCAACUCCAAGAGGAGGAGUGUGGUGACACAUCUCCACGUCAUUCGAUAGCAUCAAAUACUAGCAGCAACUUAUCCUCUCCACCUUCUCCUGGUCGACCUCCUGACCAUCACUCCUCAUCAUAUGAUUCAUAGGGAUACGUUUGGCCUGGAGAGCGGCUAUGAGCAGGUCACUCGCAGGCUGGUAGUCAUGGGCUGCCUAAAUACAGUUUUUGUUAAAUAUAAUAAUGUAAAGGACUGCUCAAAUUAAGUGUAGAUUUUUUCUUUGUUUUUUAAGUUUCAAUUUAACUAAAUCCUUGGACCAUUCAGUAUCAUGUCACAGGGGCAGUGUGGUCACAAAUCAAAACAAAAGUACUGAUUUGGUUUAGCCAAUUCCGGCUAAGUUUUAUUUAUUAUUACCGUCUUGUGAUAUGGUGGGUUAUACAGUGGGGAUACUGUCAAAAAGAGUAUCUUAAAGAACCAUUAUUACUUAAUACCAUAUGAUAGUUUAAUCAACCAGUUAAUGCUGCUGAUGGUUGCUGUCUUUGACCAGCCAAUCAGCAUGCAUAGAACACAAAGUACUUACCUUCCUCAGGUGGUUAGGAAGUUUAGAAUUUAUGAAGUUUACGUAGGGUAAGUUAUAUGGGGUAUAUAUAGAGCUGGUUGGUGCUACUAUCACAUUGAAAACAUUUGUAAAAUUUGUUGGUUAAUCUAGGAGUUUCAGUACAUAUAGGCAGCUGAUAUGGAAUUCUGGCUGUUUGGUGCUUUAUAAAAAAAAAUGUAUUUGAGUGAUGAAUUAUGUAUAAAUUUGCAAUUAUGAUGUUAUAUAUAAGAACUUCUUGUUUACAAUUUAUUGAUAUUGGGUCUUCUCUAUAAAUCUUUUAAUGGUUGUUAAAGAAAAGCUUCAGCUAGUCAUUUUCCUUACUUUUAAGUGUCGGAAUUUAGUCCAAAGAAACGAAGUAAACCUUAUCAAAUGCCUAGUGAGAACAUGUUGAAUUGUUAUGAGGGCACAAUAUAUUAUAAAUGUAGGUGCUGUGAGGAUUAGGUAGUGUUGCAACCUGAAAUAAAGUUGCUUUUAAGGCCUUGAGGGGAAGUCACACCGGUGCAAAGAGUUCACUUUGUUGGUUCAGUGUCUGUGGCCUUUCAUUCAUCUUGAAAAGAAAUCAUUGUAGUCUUAACCCUGUGGUGUUACUGAAAUGUUUUGAAUAGUUUAUAUAAAAAAGCUAACACUAAGGAGGUUGAAGCUACAUUAUGUACUCCUAAAAUUUCCAUAGAGGCUUGCUGUGAAAGCCUAAUGACAAUUCUUCCAGUGGAAAAAUUUUUUUUUGCAUGAACAGUUUUCUUUUUGGAAUCUGCUCAUGUUAACUAACUCAGGCUCUUUAAAUGAUGACACACCAUUUGAACUAUUUGCAUUUCAUUUUGGGUCAGUUGAGGGAAGAAGAUGGUCUUAUGUUUAUCAAUCAGAUUUGACUGCUGUGUUCAUCAAUCAGAGUUGACUACUGUUAUGUUACACAAUGGAAAUUGUAAGUUUUCUAACCUAAUACACAAAAAAGGGGCAUUUUAAAACCAGUGAUUUGAAAUUGACUGAUGUCAAGACUGUAGUCUCAACCCUUGUGAUAAAACAUGUUACUGUAUAUGCAAGUUGUUUUUUUAUUUUGUAAAUGUUCAGUGAACUUUUAUAUGGCCCUAAGUUAUUUAAAUUUUUAGAAAUUAACAUCCAGAUUAUUUACCAGAAAAUUUUGUUAUUAAGUUGAAAAACUGCUCCAGGGGGAUCAAAAUAGUUGAGAAUCAUUCCUUGACUGUGUGCUUUGUUAUAAUAGGUCUUGCUUGAAGGUUGUAUUUGUAAUGCUUGAAAACAUGAGCCUUUUCAUUGGAUGACCUUUCACGGAUUCCAAUCCAUCACCUUAAAGGUAUUCCUUGUUUUGUGUAGUUGUCCUAAAGUUCAGUAACAAGUUUGGCGUGGCUCUUUAAUCUGAUCAGCCGAAUAUGCUCCAAGAUCAUCAUGCUCAUAGCUUAGACAUGCAAAGACAUUGGUCUUGACUGUAAGAAAUAACCAUAUGCUUUGAAUUGCCUUCCAAACCACUACUAAAAUGUGCAGACAUUAUGAUCUCAGAGCAAAGGAUUCUGAUUUGUUAACAUUCUUCCCCCUUCCAAAGUCUGAUGGUUAACAAGUUUAAUGUUUCUUUUCUCAGUUUUAGGCAAAGAUUUAGACAUUUUUCUGAAAUUAGUAACUAUGCCGUUCAUGUAAUUAGUUGCUUGUGUAAAAAGCCUUUUUUAUGUAAAAAGCAAUUUUUUUUCUGAAGUGUUCUUGCCAAUUGACGUAGCAAGUUUUGCUGCUGUUGUCGACUCGAUACUCUUCUCAAGAUAAUGUAUUAAUGUCCAUUAAUUUAUUAGGCAUCAACGUAUUCAUCUCCAUAAUUUCUCAUUAAUAACUAAGCAUUCUAUGCUGUCACAAUUUUCUUGUAAGUACAAUAUUGUAAAUAUGUUAUUCUCUAGUGAUUCAGUUCCAUGAAAGUAUGAAACCUGGUAUGUAUAAUAAAACUGUGUAUUGUAGUCUGUAAUUUAUGAUUUGAAUGGUCACUCUACAGUGGCUUUGUGUAUACUAGCUUUUGUAAAAUAGACAAUUUUUAGAAAUGGCAA